UUGCUACACUCUUAAAAUCGUCAUUUUUGAGAAAUUGUGCAAUUUUCUCUUCAAUAAAAUCAAGAUUAUUGUCCAUUCUAAACCAGACACGUGUCUACAGUCGAUAACAUAUGUCGAUAUAGUUCUUAAGUGAGUGCUGCUGAUGGACAGUUAAGAAAAUCGAUCACACAUGUAUGGGAGUAUAAAAGGCAGAGAAAUGCAGCAGCCGCUGAUCUCCUCGGAGAAUAAUCAUGAUGGGUAUGAAGAGUUGAUGAAAGGAAGCGUACACUGUCCAACAUGUCGGGGCACAGGAAGGGUACCAAAAGAACAAGAGGCCAAGCUAAUAGCACUGAUACCAGUGACAGAUAUGAGACUUAACCCACAGAUAAAAUCAAAGGUAGCGGUAGCUGUGAUAGCAUGCAUUGUGAUUGCGGCUCUGACUAUAUUCUUCCUUAUUCCAAGAAGCGUGUCUCUGUCGACUUCGGGCUUCAAAAUAAAACCAGAGUAUGCACUUGUCAACACAAGUGGAAAAGGAUUAGUGAUAUUACAUUUCACGAAUUCAUUCAACGUGACAAAUGACAAUUUUUACCCAGUAACUGUAUCGACGGCCCGUAUGACGGCAAUGCAUGACGAUAAGAAGCAGGCGACUGCUACAAAUUCUUCAGAAUUGAACAUUCCGCUCCGAUCAACAAGCUUACAUUAUAUAAAAAUGAACAUCACUUUUGAUUUCGAUGAGGGAUAUGUUGCGGGUUUUUGCGUCAAAAAUAACUGGUCGUCGCAGAUUGUCAUGGAAUUUGAUAUCUCGAUCAAUUCAACCUAUCUCGGGCACACAGAACAGGACACAAUUACAACGUACCAACACGUCAAUUGCUCUGCGACCUCACCCAAACGUCGUCGGAGAUCAGCUGUCAGCCAAAUGCUCGGUGAGCUUGGAUUAUUUCAAUGAGGAUAUUCAUCAGGACGACAUUGAUUGGACUUUUGACUGUAUGAUUUGUAACAGCUUGAAAUUAUUGCUUGUGACGCGGCAAAUUAUGCAUUGCUUUUGCUAUGUUUUCUGUCACCCAAUCUCCACUUCUGCAUAAGACCAAAUAUUGCAAGGAAUGGUAACCACUGAUAAAGCACUUGCAAGUGCAUUGUAAAGGGAUAAUUUACCAACAGAUCUCUGAGCUUCUGAUGUAGAAGACCUUACGGAGGUUGUAAACUUGGUAGAAUGAAGUAGUAUUUAUAGUUAGGCUGGAUUAAUAAUGACAUAGAUUUCAUGUUGUCACUUGUAUUGUGUCACUUUAAGUACAAAAUUCCAAAAAGGAGAUGUCACAGGAUUCACGAUGUCUCUUUUCACUCUUUUGUCAUGUUAUGUUAUGUUUUCCAGUUGGUAAUUCAAAGUUUCGUCACAAGUGACAUGCAAUGCUUGUCACAAGUGACAUGUAAUACUGGCCCUAGAGACUUUUACGAAAUAGCUGGAAACGCUGGUAUGGACAUCUUUCAAAAAUAUUUAUCAGUGGUUUUUUCUUUAAAAAUCUUCUUGUUGUUAAUUAAUUUAGACUUUUUGAGUUGAAAGGCAUGAUAUUAAUAAUUAUGUAGUAAAAAAUGUUUCUAAGUUUGAAAUAAAGUGUCUGAGAUUAUUAUUAGCAUUA